AUGGACGUAGUCCGAAGAAUUACUUUAAAAGCAGCUGAUUUAGAUGCAGAGCCGCCCACUGAUGUAAUAAUUACUUAGGAAGAACUAGAAACUCUUCGAAAAAAAUUAGAAAGUGUCCGCAAGCACCAAAAUGAAGCCAAACCUCCAGAUUAUUCAAAUGUGUCAAAAGAGAAAUUAAUCCAAAUCUUAGAAGAUCAUGAAAAAGAGCACAGAAAAAUCGAAACUUUUUACCGAACUCAAGUAGAUGAACUAGAAGCAGAACUCUGUGACGCCCGACAGCUAAUAUUGCAGCUGAUUGAUGAAAGAUAUGAACUUGACGACGAAUUAUCCACAGUAAGAGCCCAAAGACAAGACUUAAAAAAGCAGCUUCAAGCUUUAGAAAUUGACCAAAGCAGACUGAACAUAGAAAAAGACGAUUUAAACCAUAAUUUAGACCUAAGCCAAAAGCAGAUCAGAAGGCUGACUCAGCAAAAUGAAGAAGAGCAGCAAAAAGUUGAUAUGCUAAAAUCACAGACAAUUUCUCUACAAGAAUCGCUUACAAAGGAAAAGCAAAUUUCUGCUGAGGCAUUGGUACAGCUGUCAGCUCUGAGAGAAGAAUUUGCGACGACUAAAAAAGCUUUUGAUGAGCUUAUAAAUGAAAAUUAUCAGCUACAGAAGAAGCAAGAAGUGGUUGAAGACUUCACUGAUGAGUCUACAAAAGAAGCGAUAAAGCAGCUAUCGUUGAUUAUUUUAUCAAAAGAUAAGCCAUAUGUGAUGUCGCCAGUCACUAAAAUGCUGGUAAAAGAAGUGUUUGGUGAACAAUGCUCCAAGGUUAUUGAUAUAUAUGAGAGCAAGCUUGAAACUUUGAAUGGGAAAAUUAAGUCUUUAAGAGAUGAAGUUACGUCAACUACAAGCUUAUCUCAGAUUUGGCUGACUGAUUUAUAUCAGCUUUAUGACUGGAUUAAGCAGUCUAAUGAUUUCUUAGAAGAAGGAGAACUUGAUAAUUUAAAAUCAAAUUUUAACGACAAAAUGUUCGAAAUUGAAGACAAAAAAAUCGAAAUUGAAGAGGCACUAAAAGAUUCAAAAUCCGCACUUAGUCUUGCGGCUAGAAGGUCACUGAAAGACAAAGAAGAAGCUGGAGUGUCGAGCAGGCCUUUAUUUGGCCCUUCACAACAGAAUAGGGAGAUAGAUAGGCUGCAAGAUAAAAUAAAAACUCAAAAAAAUGAAAUGAAUGAAUUAAGAGAAAAAGUCCAACAGGCUUAUUUACAAGAAGCACAGUUAAGAGACCAAAUAACAGAGCUGCAAAGCCUAAAUGCAAAUUUAAGAAAAAGAGGAGUAGGAGGCCCUAGAGAGAGCAACCUAGACAUCAUAAGAUUCCUGCAAUGCCAAGCUGCCGGUCUAGAAGAUAUUUUAAACGGCCAAAUUGAAGAAUUCUAA